ACCCUAAAAUUUUGUUAGAUAAACACACAUGUCAUUUUUUUAUAUUUAAUUCUUUUAAACAAAAUUUAAAUUUUGAAUUGAUUUUGUUUUAAGAAUAUCAAUCCCCAACAAAACUCCCUGUACAAAAUAAUUUACCGAAAUUUAUCCUUCAUUGUUAUUACUCUAUAAGAAAGACAAGGCACCAAUUGUUUCGUUUUUGUGUACUAAGUGAAACCUCACAUGGCUUCUUACUACUUCCUCUUGUUUUUUCUUGUUGCUGCUUUUGCAAUUUCUGGAGCAGAUGGCAAAGAGAAGUUAUCUACAGAUUUCUACUGCAGCAGCUGCCCGGAACUUUUGUCUAUAGUGAACAACGGAAUCAUAGCAGCCAUUAAAAAAGAAACUCGCAUCGGAGCUUCCUUACUUCGAUUGCAUUUCCAUGAUUGUUUUGUAAACGGCUGUGAUGCAUCAAUACUGUUGGAUGAUACAAGCAGUUUCAUAGGAGAAAAAACAGCAGCAGCUAACAAUAAUUCAGCUAGAGGAUUCAAUGUGAUUGAUGACAUCAAAGCCAAAGUGGAGAAAGCAUGCCCAAGGGCUGUGUCUUGUGCUGAUAUUCUUGCUCUGGCUGCUAGAGACUCUGUUGUUCAUCUAGGAGGCCCUUCUUGGAAAGUAGGCUUGGGAAGAAGGGAUUCAAUCACAGCUAGUAGAUCUGAUGCUAAUAACUCAAUUCCAGCACCCUUUCUAAAUCUAAGUGCUCUCAAAACAAAUUUUGCUAACCAAGGGCUCUCAGUAAAAGACUUGGUGGCUCUUUCAGGUUCCCAUACAAUUGGCCUAGCUAGAUGUGUGCAAUUUCGAGCACACAUCUACAAUGAUUCCAACAUUAAUGCCUUAUAUGCCAAGUCACUACAAAACAAGUGCCCCAGAAGUGGAAAUGACAAUGUGCACGAACCCCUCGACCAUCAAACUCCGACCCAUUUCGAUAACCUAUACUUCAAGAACUUACUAGCAAAAAAGGCUCUUCUCCAUUCAGACCAAGAGCUGUUCAAUGGUAGUUCUACUACCGACAAUCUUGUGAAGAAAUAUGCUACUAAUAAUGAUGCAUUUUUUAAAGCAUUUGCCAAAGGUAUGGUCAAAUUGAGUAGCAUCAAGCCCCUCACAGGAAGUAAAGGACAGAUCAGACUCAAUUGCAGAAAAGCCAACUGAAAAUAUGAGUGAAUAUUACUAAACAAUGUGUAUGUAUGAUUAUUAUACAUAAGGUUUUUUUUUUUACUGAAUAAUGUAUAUUCAUUAUUCAAUCACUGAAUAAUGAAUAUUACUGCAUAAUAUGUAUCGAGCGAGUAAAUAUCCAUCUAUAUUUCCAAAAUUAUGCCGAAUAAUUUGGCAUUUUUUUUCAUUAGCAUUCAAGAAAUCAUAAAUGUAAAUUGUAAAACAUGGCAAGUAUUCAUAUCAAGGUUUGAAUUGCAAAAAUAUACUACAAGAUUGAGUUUCUAA